ACUUAGCCCCUGGUUUUCUGACUUCUCUUUGCAUAAUCCAACUGUUUUCUCUCUCUCAACUAACCCCUACUUUCUUUGCUACUUCUUCUUCCUCUUUUAUAUCAAAUGUCAAUCCUCAAUCUUCACCAACCUUCACUAUUUCUCUUUCCAAAUUUUACAACAUUUUUCAUCCUUAACCUCAUCAAAAAACAUCCUCAACAACUUGUGCAACCAAAAAAAACAUCUUAGUGACCAAAAAAACAAUUUGGUGAACAAAGUUGAAAGAUUUUUGGUUUUGGUUUGAAUGGGGAUAGAGAGAACCUUAGCUGAUAGAAAAGGAAGAGAUUUUUGUGAAUUGCCAAAGGAAACAAUUACUAGCAGCAGGUCAAGGAGGAACCGGCGGCGUCAGAAGAAGAUGCCGCCGGUUCAGAAACUUUUUGAGACUUGUAAGGAAGUCUUUGCUUCUAGUGGGACAGGAAUUGUCCCACCAGCUGAGGACAUUGAUAAGUUGCGGUCUGUUUUAGAUGGAAUAAAACCAGAAGAUGUUGACUUGGAUCCUAAUAUGCCAUAUUUCCGGGCAAAUGCAUCUCACAGAAGGCCAAAAAUUACAUACUUGCACAUUUACGAGUGCGAGAAAUUCUCAAUGGGAAUAUUUUGUUUGCCACCUUCUGGUGUUAUUCCUCUACAUAAUCACCCUGGAAUGACAGUUUUUAGUAAGCUACUUUUUGGAACUAUGCACAUCAAAUCAUAUGAUUGGGUGGUUGACUUGCCUCCUGAAUCUCCUACCAUUUUCAAACCCUCAGAAAGUCCUGACUUGAGGUUAGCAAAAGUGAAGGUUGAUGAUGAUUUCACUGCUCCUUGCAACCCUUCUAUCUUAUAUCCCGAGGAUGGUGGCAACUUGCAUUGUUUCACAGCAGUGACAGCAUGUGCAGUUCUUGAUGUUCUCGGUCCUCCAUAUUCUGAUUUUGAUGGAAGACACUGCACAUACUACACUAAUUAUCCAUUUUCCAACUUCCAAGUUGAAGGACUAUCCAUACCAGAAGAGGAAAGGAGUGUUUAUGAAUGGCUACAAGAAAAGGACCAACUUGAAGAUUUAAAAGUGGAAGGAAGAAUGUACAGUGGUCCAACUAUUGUGGAGAGUUAGCAAAUCAUAUUCUGUCUCAAACAUAGACAACAUCUUUCAGUUCUUGUAAUCAUUUUCUAUUUUCAAAUAUCCCUACAGAAAAAAAGGAGAAAAGCAAUUUUUUUUUUAUCAAUCUUGCAGAUUUUAUGCUGGUUUUCUUUGUUAUUGUACUUUUUUUUGGUGUUUUUUUUUCUUCUCCUUUUCGUUAUGGAACAACAGAAAAAGGAGAAAUGUUGCUAAUAGAAGCACCAUGUUUAAUUUUAGCCAUCAAAUAUAGAAGUUUGUUAUUGAAA